UAUGCAAAUCGUGUCGCCUCCGAGAGGCACAUAGUGAUACAAGAGCUGGGAGGCGGCCCCGGCGCGGACCUUGGAGAGCCCAGCAGCUUGCCCAAGAGCCAGCCUCGUCCCCGCCGCCCGCCCGCGGAGGCUUGGAGCCAUCCAGACCGGCAAGCGGCCUCAGGCCUUGCCAUGGGGAAGACCAACAGCAAGCUGGCCCCCGAGGUGUUGGAGGACCUGGUACAAAACACGGAGUUCAGUGAGCAGGAGCUGAAGCAGUGGUACAAGGGCUUCCUGAAGGACUGUCCCAGCGGCAUCCUCAACCUGGAGGAGUUCCAGCAGCUCUAUAUCAAGUUCUUCCCCUACGGCGACGCCUCCAAGUUCGCACAGCAUGCUUUCCGGACCUUCGACAAGAAUGGCGAUGGCACCAUCGACUUCCGGGAGUUCAUCUGCGCCCUGUCAGUCACCUCCCGUGGCAGCUUCGAGCAGAAGCUCAACUGGGCCUUUGAGAUGUACGACCUGGACGGCGACGGGCGCAUCACACGCCUCGAGAUGCUGGAGAUCAUUGAGGCUAUCUACAAGAUGGUGGGCACUGUGAUCAUGAUGCGUAUGAACCAGGACGGGCUCACACCCCAGCAGCGUGUGGACAAGAUCUUCAAGAAGAUGGACCAGGAUAAAGAUGACCAGAUUACGCUGGAAGAGUUCAAGGAGGCGGCCAAGAGUGACCCAUCCAUUGUGUUGCUGCUGCAGUGUGACAUGCAGAAGUAGAGGCCGGUGAGGGGCAGGGCCCCUGGCCAGGAGGGACAUGGCCACCUCCCAACCUGAUGACCUCUCUGGCUGGCCCUUCCCCAGGGGGAGGGGCACUCUAGCCUCACUCUGUAGUCCACCCACUCCACUGCCCAAGCCCUUCCUCCCUUCAGUCAAGUUCCCUGAGGGACCACCUCCCAGCAACAGAGACAGGUCCUCGGUAUCGGGUAUCCUGUCAGGUAGCCCCAGCCCCAGCCUUGGCCUAGACCAACGUCCUUUGGCCAUGGGGGAGUUGAUGUUUGCCCUAAAAGGCAGGGUUAAGGAGGGGGGCUUGGGAUUGCUUUGAAAUCCUGUUGUUCCUGGGAUUAUGCUUUAUGGAAUAGGGUCCCUCAGGCCCCAAAGAGCCAAAUCAGGUCUGUCCUUUCCUAAGGACUCAGAUCCCUUAAAGGUGGUCCUUGCCCUGCCCCCUUAACUCUACCUGGCCUCUCUGGCCCACAGCCUUUGGAGCGUUCAUUCAGUCCUUUCUUCAGCUAAUGUUUAUUGAGCACUUAUUUAAAGCAGGCACCUUUAGGUGCUAAGAAUAUGGUAGUUUACAAGACAUAUUUUGUGCCCUCUGGAAGCUCAUAAAAGGGCAACUUCGGUGGUCAGGGUCUCAGAGAGGGAUGUGGAGCCCAGUUGAGAAGAGGGAGGAAAGUUGGUUGGUUCGAGAGGAGCUAUUGCAUCUUCCAGCGAGCUCCACCCAAAUGGAAAGAACUUGGAUGUUCAGGAGCCAUGUGAGUGGAAGUUUGAAGAAAAAUGAAAAUCUAUAUAGUACUUAUUUUUUUAGUACCCUUUAUAAGACCUAAAACCAUUUUAUUAGGUUAGAAUAUUAAAUAUAUUCUAUAUUACUUGGUUUCUUAUAAAAAUGAUUAAAUGAAUAUAGAAAAUGCUUAUUUUUGAGGGGAAAACCAUGGUAAAGGGAGGAAAUACCACCAGACUUCACAGAUGGCCCUUUGGGGGGUGAGGUUCAGGCUGAGUCCUGAGCUGUCACCAUCAGCAGCUCUUGCUGCUUCUGCUGCUUCCUUUUAAUUACCUUUUUCAAUUCAACAAGUGACUCUUUAUUGCACACUUUGGGUGCCGACUUAAGAGACAGAAACAACAAAGUUUACCAGGGAUGAGAGAAGUAUAUAUCCUACACCUUGGUGGUUUGUUUCUGAGCGUGGUGUGGGGAUGGGCUUGCUCUUUCACUGUCCCCAAUACAGAAGGAGCUAGAAGAAAAGGACCACCUGGCUAUUGAUCAGGCUCCCAGGCUGCAUUCAUAGAUCAAAUGCCUAAAACUGUGCUGGGCGUGCUCCAUUUGAAAGGCUUUUUCUAACCCCCAAUCCUAGAUCUACCUGGUAAUGCAUCAACUUCCUAAUACCCUGGCUUUGCUUUCUGAUUUUGAGCCCGUGAGCUAUAUAGCUGCAUGCUUUGACUGCCAAAAAAAAUUCUUCUUGCUUCUCCAUCAAGUCAUUCCCUUUACUUUCUCCUGUACUUGUAAUCAGAAAUUAGCUUUGAUGUGCAGUGACAGUUGACUUCCUCUUGAAUUGCUGGUGAAAACAGUCUAGUACAUGGGUGAUGUUCACCCAGGUGGGAGUGACUGCAGAGCCAGGGCAUGUGGUGGUGGGAAGUGCAUCUGCAGGAACGAGAUGCAGCUUGUCCCUGACUUUCAAAGGCUCCCCUGUGCUGACUCUCUGCAGGUGGAAACUUCGGUAUCCUGGCCUGUGCUCCCAAGCUCUAUUAGACCUUCCUUCUUGUGACCCUUGGAGGUAGCAAGGUCGCUGGGUUGCCACCCUCUUUCUAUCCUGCCUAUGACCAAACCACAUGGUGAGGCUGGAGAAUUCACAUCCUCAGGUAGUAGCUAGCAGAGAUUUAUCUAGUAAUGCCUCAAAGGAUGUUCCAUUGCCCUCGGGAGCUGGUUAUUAGCUGUGUCUUGUGCUGUCAAUCAGCACCACAGCUAUACAAAUGCCCAACAGCCUGACUGAGCUGGGACCUGAAUCUUCUGGUGGAAGGCUUUUUCCUAAAUGGGGUUCCUGCCCCCAAGAUGUUGAAUCAAGUCUAACUCCCAAUCCCAUAGAAUUCCAUGGUUUUCAAAGGCUUGCUCUCUACCCUAUCGCAUUGAGUCCUCACAGCCAAGGGAGACAGGGAUUUUCAUUUCCUUUCUCCAUACUUGGAAGCUGCAGUUCAGAGAAAGGGAGUCCCUUGUGCAAGAGCACAUAGUCAAGAAACGAUAUGAUGCCAAGACUUGAACCCAAGGCUCACUGAGAGAAGUCUUCUCUUCCCUGCUCAUUUCUGUGUCUGAUUUGUGAGGAGGUCAGCUGUGGGUUAGCCAAGUUGGCUUUCAUCUUUUAUAAGCUUCCUGCUAAGAAGUUCCUGAAGCUAUGGUCUUCCAAAAAGGAAUAGGGGCUCAGUUGGAGUUCCCUACAUUUUCAAACAUCCUGUGUUUGGCUUCUGCACAGCUCUGCUAAUGGACCAAUGCUGUCCUUAAAGACCUCUGACCCAGAACCCUGGAAGUGUCUUGCAUUGUCUUUACCACCAUCUUCUUCCCUAAGAGAAUGAUUUUUGUUUUUUUCCAAGUUGGUAGGCAAGUCCUACCAAGGAGAACAUGUUCCAUCACUCCAGGCUUCUGCACACAUACCCACCCUUGGGUUAUAUUGGUGGUCAGGCCAAGGGUUUUCAGACAGCCCAGCAGAGUGAACCCAAUCCAAGGCCAAUCUGAGACCAUCUCACUGAUGGGGGGAGACACAAGCGGGCCAGGCCUUGCUCCCACAUCAUUUUGGGUGUCACAAGGACUGUGCCCCCAGGAGGCCAUGUGGUAGAGCACCAGCCCUGUCUUGAGAAGAGAGACAAGUCUCCCAUCCCAGCCCCAGGUCAGAGAGACUUGUCACCAAGCAGAGAUUUAUGAAUGGCUUGCACAGAUACAAAAAUAUUCAGACAGUUAAGUCACUGAUAUAGCCAAAGUCUCCUUGGAAAAUUUGUAUCUUCUUACAGCUGCUCUGAGUUCUGAGGUUCCAGAAUCUGCCUUCUCAUAUAACCUGUUUUCAUUUCAUCUUUUUGGACUAAUUGAAGGGCCUCUUAAUUCUUAUCUCUAAAAAUCAUCAACACAGGUUCCUUCAGAUGGCCACGCCAGUCCUCAGAGCUGUAGUCAGGAUUAUUUAACUUAACCUUGAGUCAAAAGUCCAGCCAAAAAUAAGUUCACAAGCAAAGGCAUUAAAUCCUUUCUUUUUCCUGGCAAUGAUGAGAUCCCUAGAGAUAGAAAAUCAUCCUGCUGCAGAGAGAAGCUAGUGCAAGGGUGGAAAGAGAGUAAGGGAAGAAGCUGGUAUUUCUAGGCAGGGUAUCAAGCUGACAUUGUAAAUAUUUUUACACUAAAAGUUUAUUAAAGCAACAAAUACUUCCUGAAGAUCCACCCUGGGUGAGGCUUUGUGUUGAUUUUAGAGAUCACUGUAGGGACAAGAAUUCAUUUCUUACAUACUUUAUUCAUCAUUCUUGAUGAAGGAAAUAAUUCAAAUCCUCCAUUUAAAAGUCUCAGAAAAGGGCUGGGGAUUUAGCUCAGUGAUUCCGCCGCCUGCCUCAAAAGCGCAAGGACCCAAGUUCAAUCCCUGGUACCAAAAAAAGUGUCUCAGAAACAUGGAGGAUUUUCUUUCUGAAAAUUUCAGGGUUUUCUUUUUACCUUUGCCAGAGCGUGGGGGCAGGACAGGGUGUCCAAGUGUGGCCCUUUCUGGUAGGCGCAGGAGGACCAGGCCCAGGGCCUUCUAAGCAGCAGCAGCAGCGAUGUGGCCUAGGGAAGCUGAGGGGCUGCAUGGCAGGGGGCCCCAACUGACCAUGAGUUCCCUGGUGCCAGCCCCAUCUACUGAGGAUGUGCCGCUUCUGGCUGUGCCCACAGUGACUGUCUCCACUGUCCACCCCUGUGCUGUGUGGUGUGUGUGCUUCCCACUGACAAUGAAUAAAAGAUGUGACUGUG